CACAGAGGCAGAGUGAUGUUCCAGGUUAAAAACCUCCACUUUUGAGUGUUCAGUGCUCAUAGAGACGAAAAAUUGACCAGGCUUAUGAUAUUGGGCUACCCAAACACUACCGGGAACACCUUGUAUUGACUGAAACAAAGAGCAUAAGCUCUGAGUGGUUCCUGUGUUUUGGCUCCACAUUCCUGAAUGCCUGGAUUGGGACAUUUCACCGAAACGCUGACCAACGGGUGGCAGUUUUAGAUUAAGUGAUCAGCAGAGUUUAUAGAUGCUGACUGACCCACUGAGUUCCUGAAGUGCUUUGCACUUUUCUCCAUAUAUAUGAAAGAAAAUGAUGCAGAGGGUAAACACGAGAUUCUGCAGGUGCUAGAAAUUCAGAGCAACACAAAAUGCUGGAGGAAUUCACAUCUACAACUCAGCUGCAGAGGGCUUCUGACAGAGUUCCGCACAGCGGCGGUUUAACUGAUCAGUGCUCCAGCCCUUCAUCAAAGCUAAAGACAGGAAGCAGGCGACACUCCAGAGGGCACCCACGUACCAAGGUGAUGGUUUGGCUUGCAGAUCCACGUUGGCAGGUUCCUGUGUCCCUAUUUGUGCUGCUCUCUCUACACGACAGAGGUAACUGUCUUGACAACAUGCUUCUACGAAGUACAGGGAAGCUGAGUGUGGAAAACAAGGGGGAAUACGGCGACAGCACAGUAUCGACACCUCCUCAGAGGGAUCUGUGGUGCCAUUGUCACCACCAUUGUCCAGAAGAGUCUGUGAACAACACCUGCAAAACAGAUGGUUACUGUUUCACCAUCAUGGAAGAAGGUGAUUCGGGAGGGCAUGUCAUCACCUCUGGGUGUCUAGGCAAGGAGGGUUCAGACUUCCAGUGUCGGGACACUCCCAAGUCAUCCCAGCGGCGAGCCAUCGAAUGUUGCACCGAUCGAGAUUUCUGCAAUCGAGAUCUGCACCCUACGCUUCCACCCCAAGACAUGAGAGAUUUUGUCGAUGGAAGCACGCAUCACUUGGCCCUGCUGAUCUCUGUUACAGUUUGCAGCAUCGUUCUUGCACUGCUCAUUAUUUUCUUCUACUUCAGGUAUAAAAGGCAAGAUGAAAGGCCGAGAUACAACAUGGGCAUCGAGCAGGAUGAGACUUUCAUUCCAGCAGGUGAAUCCCUCAAAGAUCUGAUUGAGCAGUCUCAAAGCUCAGGCAGUGGUUCCGGGCUCCCUCUACUGGUACAAAGGACGAUAGCAAAACAGAUUCAGAUGGUGAAACAGAUUGGAAAAGGCCGUUAUGGUGAAGUCUGGAUGGGGAGGUGGCGAGGUGAGAAAGUUGCUGUGAAAGUCUUCUUCACCAUGGAGGAAGCAAGCUGGUUCAGGGAGACGGAGAUAUAUCAGACCGUGCUCAUGAGGCACGAGAACAUCCUAGGUUUUAUUGCUGCUGAUAUCAAGGGAACGGGGUCAUGGACACAGCUGUACCUGAUCACAGAUUACCAUGAAAAUGGCUCUCUCUAUGACUAUUUAAAGUCCACUACCCUUGACACAAAAGCCAUGCUGAAAUUGGCAUAUUCUACUGUCAGUGGACUGUGCCACCUGCACACGGAGAUCUUUGGCACUCAGGGAAAGCCAGCCAUUGCUCACCGGGACUUGAAAAGCAAAAACAUCCUGGUGAAGAAAAACGGAAUGUGCUGUAUCGCAGACCUGGGUUUGGCUGUUAAAUUUAUCAGUGACACUAAUGAAGUAGACAUACCGCUCAACACCAGAGUAGGGACAAAACGAUACAUGGCUCCAGAGGUGUUGGAUGAGAGUCUUAACCGUAAUCAUUUCCAAUCAUACAUCAUGGCAGAUAUGUACAGUUUUGGACUGAUCUUAUGGGAGAUAGCACGGCGUUGUGUGUCUGUAGGGAUUGUUGAAGAAUACCAAUUACCAUAUCAUGACUUGGUGCCCAGCGAUCCAUCCUUCGAAGAUAUGAGAGAAGUUGUGUGCAUCAAGAGGCUGAGACCAUCGUUCCCCAACAGAUGGACCAGUGAUGAGUGUCUGAGACAAAUGGGUAAAGUUAUGAGCGAAUGCUGGGCCCACAACCCAGCCUCCCGGCUAACAGCCCUACGAGUGAAGAAGACCUUGGCCAAAAUGUCCGAGUCCCAAGACAUAAAGCUCUGAUGUCAACCCAGAACUCCACAGUUCCAGAGAACCCUUGUGUAGCACCUGACCCACAACAACUGGAGGGAGGUGUGACCUCUCGACCCUUUUCAAAUAUUUUCCUUCUUGUUGUCUCGUUCGCGAUGCCAUCGAGUUGGCACUGCCGUAAGGGAGGACUGCACUGUCCAAAUCACCAGGAAUGGGCUGCAGGAGCAUUCAUGGGGUUUUCUUUUUGUUUGUUUAUGCUUGCAUCUAGCAACAGGUUUCAGAGAUCAGUGCAAUGGAGAUUGCAUGCUUUGCUUUCUGUGAAAGCUGCUCACGUCAUUUUUUUUAAAGUAUUAAGCAUUGCAAGACAGAUGGCAAUUUAAGUCUGUUCUGAAUUGUGCAUAAGCUGAGUAGGUUGCUCACCCUGUUAACUCCAAGCAUGUCUUCACAAAGAUGCUAUCUGUUUAACUUACUCAAGCUUUUAAGAACUGAGGGCUGGGAGCUGGAAAACCCAACUGCACCGUGAUCUGCUUCCUGAACCCAAGUUGGUUUGAAGAUGGAGGAUCUGCUCAGAAGCUCCAGUGGAUUCCACCAUUGUCAGCUUUGAACUGAAAUGUUUUGUUGUGAUCCUUUUAUGGGAUUUGGCCAUCAUGGGCAAUACCAGAGUUGAUUUCCUCUCCCCAGUUGGCCUUGAGGAGGGGUAGUGAGCCAUCUCCUUGAAAGGCUGCAGUCCGUACACUGAAAAUGCUUCCAUAGUGCUGAUGGACAGGGAAUUCCAGGAUUUGGACCCAGCCACUGCAAAGGAGUGGUGAAGUAUUUCUAAGUCAUAAUGCGGAACAUAUUGGAAAGGAAUCUGCAGGGAGCGAUGUUCCCGUGUGCCUACUGCCCUUGUACUUCUUGGUAUUAGAGCAGUCGGUUUAGGAAAUGCUGUUAGAAUAGCCAAGUAUACACACUGAAAUAACAACAGUGCAUUUUUAUUGACAUACACUGAAGCCACAGCAUGCCAUUGACAUAGGGAAUGAACGUUUCGGGUGACGGUUCAGUACCAGCCAAGUGCUCUGAUUUGUCCUGGAUGGUACUUUAUAACUAACAAGUAGUUGGAGAUGGACACCUUUAACAGGAGCUAAAUGCUAAAGAUCAUACAAGAAAUGUAGAAUUUAGCAGAAACACAGAGACAUAUACACUGCAGGGCUGAUUUCUUUAACUUCCUGUAAUUUUUCUCCCCCUCCAUUCCCCAUUCUGGCUCCUCUCUUACCCCUUCUCUGUGCGAGAUUUUUGUCUAUUGUAGUUCCCCCCUCAAGGAAACACAUCCCAAAGCUCCAAUGUAUCACCUUCAGAGAGCAGGAGAAGGGAAGUGUUUUCGCUGAGUUAAUAAAUGAAGGUCCACUCUCUCUAAAAUGAUCUCACAGUGAAGGGGCAUUAUCCUUGCUCACUCUGAAAACAAUUAAAAUCAGACCAGUCUUUCUGGUGAAGGUGCUCCCACUAUACUGAUGGGCAUGGUAUUCCAGCAUCCACUCCCAAUAAUAGAAUGGCAAUAUCUUUCCAAAAGGCAGGAGUGAUCAGUAGGGCAGGGGAGGGAGGUUUGGUAGCAUUUCUGGUUCAUUGCUUUCCCAGGUCUUUAGGGGUCAGGGUUAAAGGUUAAAAACAUAUAACAAUAUAGUAUAGUGAAAGGCUAUUGGACUCAAGAUGUUGGAAAUGACUAUGAUAUCACUUUAAACUAGCUCCAUUUGGCUGCAUGUGAUCUUUAUCCUUGCAUUCCCUGCCUGUUCAUGUGGCAAUACCUCUUGAAUGCUGUAAUUGUAUCUGCUUCAACCAUUUUUUAAAAUUCCAUUAUGCCUGGUCCAGGCAGCUACCUCUCUCUGCUGAAAAACUUACCUUACAAAUCUCCUUUACGCUCCCCACCCCCACCUCCACUUUAAAGCUGUGCUCUCCACUACUGGAGAGAAAAGUGACUUAAGCCUGAUUUAUAUUUCUGCGUCAAAUGUAUGCCGUACGUACUACGUACCCUACACCGUAGGGUGACGUUCACCUCCCCAAAGAAGUAACUCACGCAUCGUGGCGAGGCAGACCGCAACAACUGUGAUUGGUCCGCUUUCAGUAACAUCACAUUUCCGCUUGCUUUUCUCCGCCAUGUCCGUACACUGAUGCAAAAUAAAUGGUUGGAGAUGAUGAACCAAAUCGUCAAAUCUACCUGCCGACAUCCGAAAAAACUUGAAAUGCAUUUCCUUGUCCAUGUCUCUCAUGAAGAAACUCAACACAGUGGCAUAGAAACCCCACCACUAACUAGCGUUUUGGCGGUGAGUUGCAGAGGGACGCAGACACAACAACACAUGCUCGCUGCAGUGUAGGGCUACGCAGAAGUAUAAAUCACACUUAAGCCACCAAUGCUUCUCAGAAUUUAUACACUUCUCUCAGAAGUGGACAAUUCAGCUCCCCACUCCAUUUUGCCUGGUUAUUUCAUCCAAAUCAUUGAUACAGUGGGUGUACAGUUGGGGUCCCAGCACCCAGCAGUUGAAGUGAAAAUGUACAGUUGAGAAGUGAAGCAGGCCCCACAUCUGAAUGUCAGUUCUGAUGUUAGUCAGGGGUAAUAGUUAACAUUUCACUGAAGGGAAUGUGUAUCAGAAGGGUGCAACAUAGUUUUAGUAACCAGUGAAUUACAUAAUGGGUUUGCACCAUACAGCUAUGGAUCACACUUAAUCAGUUUGCAGAGUUUCUCCACCCCUUGUGGCUGCUCAUGCUUUGAAGUUGGUACUGUGUCUUUGGCUAAUAAGGAAUCCAUUUGUCACUAAAAGAGAGAGGAGAGUGACCCAGUCUAGACACUAAGGGCUCAGAUAGGGUGCUAAUGGUGAGGCUAUGCCACUUACCUUUGACUUUGGGGAAAAAAAAAUUCUGCUAAAAGAUCUAAUGAACUCAGUGACUUGAACCUACCUACUCUUCACCGACAUCAAUUUCUGUCAAGUCUCAGUUUGGUGAGAUUCCUGAUACUCGGAGUUGUCAUCAAGCUGACUGGACAGCCAAUCACAUUAAAGAAUUAUUUGGCUGAAAAAGCACAGUUGUAAACCCACAUUUCUUAAACCUUACAAAAUAAAAAGCACAAACAUAAGAGCAGAAUGUAUAGACAGAGUUAAACGCAAUCAGGAUUAUCAUGAGUAGACUCUGAUAUUUUAAAAUAUUUUAUGGUCCAUUGUAUUUUGAUAGAUUUAUCUGGGAGAAUUAUAAAUCCAAACACAUAAAUUAGGGAUAGACAGGUUGCAAACAGCAUUUAUGACUCAGUAUACUAUUAAGAUCCAGUUUAUCUUACAAGGAGAAUAGUUUAUAAACACCUGAAGAUUACAUUCCCUUACAUACAGUGCUUUCUCCAGAGGAGCUGGAAUGGACCCAACAUCAAAUUCAGGGUUUUCUUGUUUAGUUGUGCAUGUAUGCAUUUGAAUUAGCAGUGUAAUGACAGCAAGCUCCAAGCCAUUGAAUUCUCAUGCAAAUUCUGAAUAUUAAAACGAGGACUAUGCACCAGAGCUUGCAUUGGACAAUCAGAAACUCAGUUGGAAAGAAGAUUAGGCACAAUAUGCAGUAAUUCAAGCUUAUGUAUUAUUUUGUUUUAAAAUAAAUAUAAACCCUUUAAGUGCACAUCUGUGUCUCAGUAGAUUGUGCUCCCAUUUUUAAGGAAUACUAAUUUUAUCUCUCCUUUAACCUCACCCUUUUUGGUUGAAACUGCAGUGUUUAGUUUUAUGAGAGCCUGAGAUUGAAGUUAAAGGGAAUUGUUCCGUGCUGUGUUUAGUGUCUUAAAAUAUGGCAGUGAACAAUUUCAGUUGUGCGUUCUUCUCUCAUCCCACACUCCUCACCCACCCCACCCCUUUACCCUUCCUCUCAGUCCUGUCAGGUUUCAGGCAGGAUUGAGGAAAUGCUGUUUGCUGCUUUUGUGAGCCAAAUGAAGUCAGAAAAAUAAUGGGCCUGAGGGAUCUCAGAUUCCCUCACCACCAAGGGGGUAAUUGGCUCCAAUCGCUACAUCAGGAAAGCUGAAACCGAUGACAAUGUUAGAACACCUGAACUUUGCAGAGAGUGUUGUACUUUGUUAAAUUACUAAUGAAACUCUCUUGAUUGUAUAACUGGAAGCAAACCAUUGUUUUAUUUUACAUCUGUAUAGAUGAAAUAUGAUAAACAGAAAGCUGCAGCUCACUGGGAAACAGUGCCUUAUUUAAACUGUACAUAGUUGUAAAUCAGAAAGAUUAGAAGACAGAAUAUUAGUUGUAUAUGCUAUAAAUAUGUACUGUGUUUACCAUUUCCCUAAUAAAGAAAUUCAGACAACCACACUUCCAACUCGCU